AUGGAGGGCUCAUUCACUUCCAAAAACUAUCAACGUUUCAGUACGUCUCCAAUGGAUCAAAAAUUCCUUUCUCCUAAACUAUUUACACCUGAAAGCUUUGCUCCAUAUGGGACAGUCGUUCAGCCACAGGAGAACGGCCCUAUGGUAGUAGCAAACGGCGGUACAGCCAAGAAAUAUCUCGGAGUCUCUGAAUCCGAAAACAACUAUAAAAAAUCUUCUACUCCUUCCUCUAAAGCAACCUGGAAUUUCUUUUCCACCAAACCGUCCGUCUUUCCCGCCGAUGAAGAAUCACCAGCCUUUCAAAUAAGAGUUUUAGAAAGACACCCUUAUACGACGCAAACAUUUAUUCCUCUUUGCAGGGACGCUCAAGAAAGCAGUUAUCUGGUUGCUGUCGCUCCUGAUGCUCCUGAUGGGUUACCUGACUGGGAUCGCGUUGAAACAUUUGUUGCUAAAGGUUGUCAAGGUGUCACUUACGCCGCUUCCGUUUGGCACGCCCCCAUGGUUACUAUUGGAAAGGAAACUAUGCUAGUUGCAUUCAACUUUGAGAACGGAGUAGAUGAUGAUGACUGUCAGGUUCAAGCAGCUCCUUCUCCCUUGGAUGUCUACGUGAAGCGCGAUUAA